GCGAAUUUUGCCCAUGAUAUAUGUUUUGUGUCACGAUUUUGCCCAAGUUUUACUGAUGUUUCUGUUGAUCUUGUGAAAUCUUGAAGCAUACAUGGUUAAGUAAAAAUAACGAAUAUAUAUAAAUCAGGAAUUUUCGAAUUUUUUAUUUGGUGCCUAAGUGUGUUGACUGUCGUUUACGGGAUGGACAGUCAGGUGUGUGGAGACGGCAGGUUGAUAGAUGUAAUUGACGAAGGCUGGCGCAAGGAACGUCUACCCAUUGAUGACAUCUCGACGCCAGUAGCUGAGCUACCAGAUCCUGAAAGCGACAACGGCGAUUCUCAUAUGACAUUAAAGGAAUUGGAGCAGAAAUGGAAUAAUCUGGCAUUAAGCUCUCUCAGUGAUAAUCAUUUGCAUUCUCCAACACCACUACAUAACUAGAUAAACUUUCAAU